AGUGUUUCUAAGGUAGCCUUCACCACCUCAUAGGACUCACCCCCCAGGGCACAUCCUUGAUCAGAGCCCUCAGUCACUAGCUCUGAGCACUUCAUAUCCCGCUGCGCCAUCAUGGCGACUCAGAUUCCCGUCGAUCCCAGCGUGAGCUCGGCCAACACUCUUAAGCUCGAAAAUACGCACAACCGGGAUGUCUUGAUUGCAAUUGAGAAAAAGUACCAGCAGGAAUGGCAGAAGAACAAAGUCUUCGAGGCCGACGCGCCAACCACCACCGAAAUCCCCUUCAACUCGGUCCCGGCCGCCGACAUUCGAGACAAACACCCCAAGUACUUUGGCACGUUCGCCUACCCUUACAUGAACGGUACUCUCCAUGCUGGACACAGUUUCACCAUCAGCAAGGUGGAAUUCACCGCGGGGUUCAACCGGCUGCAGGGCAAGCGGGUUCUAUUCCCUCUGGGGUUCCACUGCACGGGGAUGCCGAUCAAGGCAUGCGCCGACAAACUGGUAGAGGACGUGAAGAGAUUUGGCAAGAACUUUGAAAACUACCAUGAAGACGAGGACGAAUCCAUAACAGAGUCCAACGGGGUCCCCAUUGCGCCGACGCAAGACGUCAACGUCAAGGACGACAUUACAAAAUUUAAGAGCAAAAAGGGCAAGCAGGCGGCCAAGACGGUCAAGGCCAACUAUCAAUUCCAGACCAUGUUGGCCAUGGGUAUCCCCAAGGAGGAAAUCCACAAAUUUGCCGACGCCAACUAUUGGCUCGAGUACUUCCCGCCGUUGUGCGAACAAGACCUGAUCGAUUUCGGAGCCAGAAUAGACUGGAGGAGGAAGUUUGUGACCACUGAUGCCAAUCCGUUCUACGAUGCAUUUGUGCGCUGGCAGAUGAACCGCCUCCAUGAGAUGAACAAGAUCUUGUACGGAAAGCGGUACACCAUCUACAGCCCGAAAGACGGCCAACCGUGUAUGGACCACGACCGAACCAAGGGUGAAGGCGUUGGCCCAACCGAAUACACGGCUAUCAAACUGAAAGUCAAGGAAUGGUCACCUGAGGCAGCCAAGGAGGUCCAAGGGAAAGUCCCCGAGGAUGCGGAUGUGUACUUUGUACCGGCGACGUUGAGACCCGAGACCAUGUACGGGCAAACGUGUUGUUUCGUCGGACCCAAAAUCAACUACGGCAUUUUCAAGGUCUCGGACAAGGAGUAUUUUGUCGUCACCAAGAGAGCCGCUUGGAACAUGGCUUUCCAGGGCAAAUUCUUUGACGAAGACCACUUCCCUCGCGACCAGAGUGAAUUGCAGCCGGUCGUGGAAUUGCCCGGGUCGGCAUUUGUGGGCACGUUGGUGAACGCUCCUUUGUCGGUACACACAGAAGGCGUACGAAUUCUGCCCAUGGAGACGGUCUCGGCCACAAAGGGUACUGGCGUGGUGACCUGCGUUCCUUCGGACAGUCCCGAUGACUACGCAACCGUGAGAGAGCUGGCAAAGAAGGCUGAUUUCUACGGCAUCAAAAAGGAGUGGGCCGAAUUGGAGAUCCUGCCUUUGAUCGAGACGCCGUCCUACGGCAAUCUCGCAGCUAAAUAUCUGGUUGAAACCAAAAAGAUCCAGUCACCAAAGGAUACCACGUUGCUGGCUGAAGCCAAAGAGCUUGCGUACAAAGAAGGUUUCUACAACGGCACCAUGCUGGUGGGCGAGUUCAAGGGCCAAAAGGUGUCUGAAGCCAAGGAGAAAGUCCGGCAAGCAUUGCUCAAGUCCGGCGAUGCUUUCCCUUUUGCAGACCCAUCGGCCGAGGUCAUCAGUCGAAGCGCCGACGAGUGUGUGGUGGCGUUCGUUCCUCAAUGGUUCCUCAACUACGGCCCCAACGACAAGGAGUGGCAGCAGACAGUUUUGAACUAUGUCAAGGAUCCGAAUGGGCUCGAGACAUAUGCGCCGGAAACCGAGAACCAGUUCGUGGCAAACCUGGAAUGGCUCAAUCAAUGGGCCUGCGCCAGGACCUACGGUUUGGGUUCUAAAUUGCCUUGGGAUCCCAAGUUCCUCGUGGAGAGUUUAAGCGACAGCACCAUCUACAUGUCAUACUACACGAUCGCCCAUUUCCUGCACGGCGACAAGUUCGGCAAGACCCCAGGCCUGCUGAACAUCAAACCUGAGCAGAUGACCGACGAUGUCUGGGACUAUGUGUUUACGCGGACGAACGACGUCGACAGCGUUUCGCAGUCGUCCAAGAUCCCCGUUGAGGAUCUGCAGUCCAUGAGACGGUCGUUCGAGUACUGGUAUCCGUUGGACCUGCGGUCGUCUGGCAAGGAUCUGAUCCCUAACCAUUUGACGUUUUUCUUGUACAUCCACCUUGCUCUUUUCCCGCGCGAAUACUGGCCCAAGUCCAUCCGGGCGAAUGGCCACUUGUUGCUCAACGGCGACAAGAUGAGUAAAUCGACCGGUAACUUUUUGACCUUAAGUCAGGCCGUCAAGAAGUUUGGUGCCGAUGCCACGCGGAUUGCCCUGGCCGACGCCGGCGACGGUAUGGAAGAUGCAAACUUUGAAGAGAAGAGCGCAAACGCCGCCAUCAUGCGCAUGUACACUUUGAAAGAGUGGAUCGAGGAUACACUAAAGGACCCGAAUCUGCGCGAGACCGAGGGUGAGUCGAUUUGGGAUCAACUGUUUGCUGACGAGAUGAAUUUGCUCGUCCAUGAAGCGUUCCAGCAUUACUCUGAGACCAACUACAAGCUCGCACUCAAAUCUUCUCUCUACGACUUCCAGUCCGCCCGGGAUUUCUACCGCGAAGCAUGUCUGUCCAGCGGCACCGCAAUGUCACGACCUCUCAUAAAACGAUACGUGGAACUUCAAUCCUUGGUCAUUGCAACCGUAGCGCCCCACUGGGCCGAAUACAUGUGGCUCGAAGUCCUUCAAAAGCCCCAAUCGAUCCAACUGGCACGAUGGCCCGAAGUUCCAGAGUCGAACCCAUCCCUCACUGCGGCGCGAGAGUACGUCAAGGGAACUUCAAGCAACAUCACAUCGGCGGAAGCGCAGACAGCGAAACGAAUGGCAAAGGGCAAAGCCGCGGCAUUUGACCCGCGCAAACCGAAACGCAUCACCAUCUUUGUCGCAACCAGUUUUCCCGCCUGGCAGGACAAGUAUGUCGACUUGGUCCGGGAGGCCUUUGAAAAAGCGACCCUGAAUGACGACAAGGCCCUCAAUGGCCAAGUUGCGAAGAUUGGAAAGGGGCCCGAAAUGAAGAAGGCCAUGCCGUUCGUGCAGACUCUUAAAAAGAGAUUGGUGGUUAACAAGGAGAGUCCGGCCGCCGUGUUUGAGCGCAAGUUGCCGUUUGAUGAAGUUCAGAUCCUCAAUGAGAUGAAAAAGGGGUUGAUUAAGACGACGGGCUGUAAGGAGGUCAUUAUCACCACUGUCACGGAGGAGAAUAAGGGGACACUCGCACCUAUGGCCGAGCAUGCCGUGCCCGGCCAGCCGACGUUCUUGUUUGAGAAUAUCGAGGGUUGAUUUUGACCUUGACACCCGUAGCUGAAGAAAUUUGAGAUUCCGGCGUGGUAGAUGCUUCAGCUCGGAUCGGCAAAAGCAAAAGCAGAAGCAGAUUAGGUGGAAGGUGGAUGCAUAGAUGAUAGAUGCCCUGGUGUACGUGGCCGUGGAUGCGUGGACCCAUUUGUCUGUCUGACUGGCAUCAAGAGGGAUUCUAGAUUCUAGAUUCUAGAAAAGUCAAAAAGAAAGAAAGAUUGGGGAUUGUCGAAAAAUGUUCAUGUUCUCGUUGGGGGUUUGGAGGACAAUAACAGUCCCUUCUUCUUUCCCCAAAUGUUACCGGUUACCGGUUACUGUAGUAUGCUACAUACAGUACUAGUAGCCCAGGUAACUAAGAUAUCCUUCAG